ACAUAGAAAUUCACCCAUAUAUAUGUACUUUGCUUACCAUACCUAGGUAAACUUGGUAUCUUGAGUUGGUGAGUAGAUAGAUGGUGGGGUUGCCCAGGCAUCUACUAUUCGUAAAUCCUACGGUGGGCGAGUGUCCGGGCUAAGAUAAGCGGCCUGGCGUCGGGUAUUGUGAACAAAAGCUACUUCUUCCUCUCAACAUGUUUUUGGCAUGAGCAAGAACAAGCUAAGAAAAGCGUCUUUCCUGGUCUUGACGGUCCUCGCAUCACAAGUCGACAAGUCUUGAUAUCGUUCGUUUUCUCUACUGUGGACCGGACGGCAUGAUGAUACCAGUACCAGUUCUACUCGACGCUGGUGCUGUCAUGGUUGUAACAACCUGACGGCCUAGUUUGGUCAUGCUACUUGCAAUCAUUCUUUUGUUAUAUACGCUGCCGCAAAUAGUCGCAGGGGAAUGUGCAGCACGGCCGAUCGUGUUACAUCUGGGAAAUGUGCAGAUUUCCAACAGCAAGACAGCUCGUGGCGUCGAAAUGGGCAUUGGUAACCCUCAACAACGACAAGCGAUGCUUCCCCUAUGGGACCACGACGGCGUUUUAAUGUAUGGCAUCAACGGUUCUUGCGGGGGUGCCUACAAUUUUGGGCCGGUCAACUGGACGACAGAUGGAUGCCCGACCCUUCGAGGCGGGGCCUACGACGGACAAAAUUCGAAAACGCGCAAACUCGUGGGCACGGCCGAGGCAAGUCUUUUCCAGACUGAAGCAGCGGAUAACAAGGACUGGGGCGAUGCGACGCGUUUCCUUGACACCAUGACAUUAAACUCGAACCUGAGCUUGCCUAGAUUCCCCAUGCUCGAGGCGACUAGGGAUUGGGGCGUCCAGGGCUACACGCCGAUGCACGCUUUCGGCCUAGGGUCCAAUUCGACGGUCCUCCGGGCACUCAAAGGCUCGGGCAGGAUUUCGUCGUUGAGCUGGGCCUUCGCCUGGGGCCGUCCCACCAAGACGGCCGGAUCCAAGGGUGGUACAGACGGGUCAGUUGUACUGGGUGGCUAUGACAAGGCUAGGAUUAAACCCGGGGCCAAAAGGUAUACGCAGCCGAUUGUUGCCGAGAAGCCGCAGCAGUGCCCGUCGGGUCUGGUCGUUUCCAUCAACGACAUGGAGCUCAACCUUCCCAACGGCACCAACUUCAGCAUUUUCCCCAAGUCCAGAUCCAGUGCGAUCCAGGCCUGCGUCCAGCCGAACCUUUCCCUGGCUGUGCGCAUACCUUAUGAUCCAUAUGUCGACAACCUUUUGGGCGCCAUGGGCUACACCAUCUAUGAUCUGGACCGUGCCUUUGGGCUCAACUGGAACAAUCUCCGCUUUAAAAAGGAGCAGAAACCAUAUGACGGAGCUAUGACCAUCAAGCUCGGCAGCGGCAUGGUUGCGAGGGUCGAGAAUGACCAGCUCGUCGUGCCGCACCAGUCCGUCGACCGCAAGACAGGCGACAUAAUCGUCAACCGCGUCGAGCCGCCCGAACUGCUCGUUGACUCGAUGCAGGACGUCAACGCGAAUGAUAUGGCACAGCUGGGCAUGCACUUCGCUGCCGUGGCGUAUCUCCUCGUUAAUCACGACGCCGGCCAGUUCAGCAUGUGGUCGUCGGCCGACAUCGCCAAGGAUGCCGUGCCAGACCUGGUUGCCACAGACGAGCGCGGGCAGGAUCUGAGCGGCGCCGAAUUCUGCACCGCCGACAACUCGACAGACAGUUCACCACCGCCGGCCGUGGCUACCGUACCCACCAAGCCGCCACCGGAUGGCGAGGAGGCCGGCGACAGCGGCGUCUCGCUGUCUACCGGGGCACUGGUAGGCAUCGUCGUCGGCGGAGCCCUUGUUCUUCUAAUUGGCCUGGGCGUCAUUGGGUGGAUCUUUUUGCGGCGGAGAGGGCGGGAAAAGAAAGCUGCCGCCGCCGCCGCAGCUGCACCUUUUCGGGCACAGGAAAGCGAAAACAAGAAUUAUGCGAUGUACCAGCCGUAUGGCGGUCCAGCAGUUUGGCCAGGUAUCGACGCGGGGACCCGUUUUCCAGCCCAAAAAUCCGAACUCAUAGAUACUUCGUCCAUACCGCUCUAUGAGGCACCGUCCACGCUGCUUUACGAGGGGCCAGCUCGUGGCCUCAAGUCGACUGGCGGGAGGGGAUUUUCCCAACAAGCGACGGGCGGAGGUGGAUGGCUGGUCGACUUGCCGUGUGCCGGUCCGACACAUAUUCAGUAA